CAGCGAAAUCGGACAUGCAGUUUUUUCCCACACUCGGCAUAUUCAUCGCAAUGGAAUGAAUGAGACUUUCUUCAGUACAAAAGGCGAAAUCAAAAAAUUUAUCUAUAUGGCGGUUAUAUCGGAAUGUAAAAAUAUUUGGAAUACGCGUAAGAGGGGCUGUUAUAACUCAUUAUCAUUUAGAAAUCGGAUGAAAAAUUCGUCCCAAAAAAGUAAAAACUAGGGUUAGGUGUAUAUGGAGGCUACGUUGAAAAAUGGACCUAUGGGACCAUGUUCGGAAAAUAUAUAGAAGGGGCUAACGCAUCUCGUUACUCCUUAUUUAAAAGCAAGAGGUUAAAUUAGGAGAUUAGUCUAUCUGAAGAAAUAUUCCGAGAUCCGACUCGACCAAAAAAAAAAGUUCCUGUAUCAACAAUGGUACACGUGCAUUAUAUACGCGCAGACUAACCCAGAAAAUGGUAAUUUUAGGCUCCAAAAAGUACCUUUAUAACUUGUUUUUGAUACCAUUUCGCCAACCACAUGAUGAUAAAUCCAUGGUUAGAGGACUUAUUCUGUGUUUCUUCCUGUUUCUAAACAAAAACGUGCUCUACACCGUAAGCAGUCUUUUGGUAUGUAGGGCACCUUAAUUAAAUUGACAAAGGUGCUGAUAGAGAUACAUGACGUAUUAGAAAUCAUGAUCCAUUUACUAGUAAAGUGUUUUGAAUAAUAACACACGCUUGCUCAACUCUUAUAAGUACUUUGCUAUGUUAUUCUUUGUUGAAAUUACUUUGUAAUAAAACUAAAUACUUAAUAAUUUGUAUUGUACAAGUAUGCUUGGAUUUUGUAUAUUCAUAAUUUUUGUUCUGGAAAAAUGUUCUGUAUAAUUUUUCAUUCUCUCUAUUUGCCCUUGUACAAUAAAGAUGUGUUUAUAAUUUUUCUUUUAUAAAACUGUGUGUGGCUAUUCUUGAAAAUUCCUCAACAUUCUUGGAAUAGAAAGCAUUGAAUAUGAUCUCGUGCUGGAUGAUGUUCGAAAAAUCACAUUUUGCAAACUGAUAAAAUGGUAAACAUUUGCCUCUUUUAGGAUAUACCAUCCAUUUACUGAAAAUUGCAAAUUAAAGACGAGAAGCCGCCGCAACAACAAUCGCAACCACCAUGGUAGAAUUUCGCUUCGAUAUAAGUCCCCUUUUUACCCAACCCAUUGUCAAGGUGACUUCAAAUUUGCUGCCUCAUACUUUUCGUGGUGAUCGUCGCCAAUGUUUGGAUGCCACUUCAAAGAUGUCAGAAAUCAUUGAUCGCUUGGGUCAACUGUCGGCAAAUGCUCAAAAGCUCAAUACGCCAGUGACGACAGCACAACGCUUACGCAUGUCAGAGAAUCAAACAAUCUAUUUGAUGGCUGAUGUCGAUGCUGGCAAUAAUGGUGCGGUGAUUGGUCUCCUCAAGGUAGGCACCAAAGACCUCUAUUUGUUCGAUGAAAUUGGGCAAACGCGUAAGGUGGAGAACGCCCCUUGCAUCUUGGAUUUCUACAUACACGAAUCGCGGCAGAGAGCUGGUCUCGGCAAGGAUCUAUUCGAAACCAUGUUGGCUGAUGAGAAAUGGACACCCGUCAAAUGUUCGGUGGAUAGGCCGUCGGAAAAGCUUUUGGGUUUCCUCAAAAAGCAUUAUGGCUUGGUGCGUAGCAUACCGCAGGCUAAUAAUUUUGUGCUCUAUGAGGGUUUCUUUGAUGAUGGCAAAAUUGGGACGACAAAUGGCGGUGGCAAUGGCAUGUAUAUUACAAAUAGUCCUAACACACAACUUUUCGGUGCUACAUAUUUGGGUGAUGAUAAUAAUAAGAGGCGAACCCAGCGCCAACUAGAUGCUGCUUCUAAUUUGGCAGCGCAAAUAACACAAAUAUCGCCCGGUGGUCGUUAUGGUGCUCGGAGACCAACAUGCAGCAUGGCCGAGAUAAUUCACAGUGGAACCACUACCAAAGGCGCUGAAUCAGGAAGUGGUCAACAUCAUCUUCAAGUCGAUUUUGUUGUUGAGAAUUUCGAAAAUUUACAAGUCCAAGAUAAUAAUAAUGACACUGCGGCUACUGAGCCAGAGCCAGAAUUACAAAUCGCCGCCAACGAUAUAGAAGACGAUCUGCAAACCCAACCGGAUCUAGACGAACCCGAAGCUCCUAACGAUCUAAAGCUAAGCACCACCACAAACACCAUGGAUAAUGCCACCGAACAGGAAAUGUCCAACAACAGUCAUCAGAACUCUUCAUUUGCACAAUCACCUUCACAGCCCAGCAAGACACCACCCUCAAUGCUGGGUUCGGAGAGUCACAGGCCAGCGCCCACCUUCCAUUUGAGCAAACAGCACACCGGUAUGAAAAAUCGUUCUUAUGGCGUGGGCAUGGCUGUCACUCCUACCAAUAAAAUGGAAUUCGAUCAAGAGGCACGCGAAGAUUUUGGUGUGGUGAAAAUAAAUCGUCCCGUUGGCAAAGGUGCCUUGUCGCCCAGUGCCAGCCACCCCGCAGACGAUGUCGUCUCCACGGUCUCAAGUGGCGAGGGUCUUACGGACCAGGGUUAUAAUGAUUUGAAAUUUUACCACAAUAGAUUGUGGUAAAAUAGCGCAUGAUUACGGCGUAAUGGUGAUGUGAUAUUGAACUUUAUCACAGCUUCAUACACAUCCCAUGGGUUUUGUAGAUGAGAUGAAAUUCUCGUAGUAACACACAUACAAACAUAUACAUAAGCAGACAUAUUUUUUUUUGGAAAAUCAAAACCAAAUUAGGUAUAGAGAAGAUCUUGAAACAAGACAACAAACAAAGAUUUUUUAUUUACAUACAAGGACACAUAUAGACAAAAUACUCCUUAUACAUGGAAAAAAAAACAUUUUAUACACCUCUGGUUACAUAUGAGUGCGUAUAUGUUCGCAAAACCACAUUAACAUUUAACAAAACCUAUCAAAACUUUUAUACAAAUACAAAAGAUAAGAACCCUCUUCCCUUCCCCCACCCUCUGUCUCUCAAAAAAAAAAUCACUCUUUUUGCUUCAAUGUCUGAAAAGGCUUUCACUCUCUUAGUCUCCCCCCAAUGAGCACAAAAGCCUUUAGCUCAGUCAAAUUUUCUCUCAUUCCCACACACUCUCUCUUGCUCACAGCCCUUAAACACCACACACACACACCCACAUUAUUUACAGUUUUAAAAACACUGAGUUUAUAUUCUGGCCUAUCUACAACGCACUCAGCACUGCUUUUAGACAGCAACAUAAAACCUGUGUCAGAGUGUGUUAAGGGAAGCUAUGCUCGGCGCUUGUUCACCUCAU